AUUUUACAGCAUGUGAAGGACACUCCAGAUUUGUAACAUAUAUUCUCUAAAUAUGAUCAGGACUGGUGUAAAAUGAGUGACAGCAGUAGAACAUCGGACGGAGGUCUGACACCCGGUCAGCGAAUGAUUUCAUCAUGUUCAGGAGCAAUUUUAACAUCUCUUUUUGUUACACCCCUUGAUGUGGUAAAGAUAAGGAUGCAAGCUCAGAGCAAACCACAGGCUUUCGCGAAGGGACAUUGUUAUUUAUACUGUAAUGGAUUGAUGGAUCAUACCUGUGUAUGUCUCAAUGGCAACAGUGUGAAUAUUUCUAUGAAUGAAAAUAUAACAUGGAAGAAAAACUGGUAUAAAAGACCUGGCAACUUCAAUGGAGUAUUUGAUGCAUUUUUAACUAUAGGGAGAAAUGAAGGAAUAACUUCAUUAUGGAGUGGACUACCACCUACAUUAGUGAUGGCAGUGCCUGCAACAGUUGUGUAUUUUACAACAUACGAGCAGAUAAAAGUGGGGCUAGGUCAUAGCUAUAAUACACCAGUGAACACGUGGUGGGUUCCCGUACUUGCAGGCAGUAGUGCAAGAAUAUUUGCUGCAACUGUGAUAAGUCCGCUGGAAUUGAUACGGACAAAGCUGCAGUCAGAACAACUGACAUAUAGGCAGGUACAUGAAGCUGUUCGUAGAAUGUUACGGACAGAUGGAUUCCUCUCAUUAUGGAGGGGAUUGUCUCCCACAUUGCUCAGAGAUGUACCAUUUUCAGCAUUAUAUUGGUUAAGCUACGAAACAAUGAAGGGCAAAGUAUUGAAAGAAAGAAAUAGUACGCAGUUAUCUUUCUUUGAAAGUUUUUUGUCAGGGGCAUGUGCUGGAACACUUGCUGGUGUUGUAACCUUACCGUUUGAUGUAAUCAAGACACAUAGACAAAUAGAGUUGGGAGAAGUCACAUUAGCCAAAGAGAAGAAACAGGUUAGUUCUACUUGGAAGUUGAUACAGAACUUGUACAGGCAGCAAGGAAUAAAGGCAUUAUUCUCAGGCUUAGCACCAAGGGUGAUGAAAGUAGCUCCAGCUUGUGCCAUCAUGAUCAGUACAUACGAACAUUUUAAACAUUUCUUCAGACAAAGGAACUUAGAAUCGCUCGAAAAUAGAUAGUAUAUAGUGAAAUCAUAGGGAAUAUAUACAUUGUACAUGUAAACAGAAAAAACAUUUUCAUCUUGUGUUGAGAAAAUGAUUUGCUGCUUGAAAACUUCAAAAGUUGAUACAAAAAUACACAAGUGUGAAGGAUGGCUCUGAGAUGGAUAUAUCCUACAACUGCCUGUUAUAGGAAAAAAACUGAAACAAGUUCUUGCCCCAACAUAAACAGAUGCAGGGGCAUAUAUUUUUUGUCUCAUUAAAAUUUUGUAUUCAGAUAUUCAAAUAUAACCCUUUCUAUCAUGCUAUAUAUUUUAAAUAUUUUAAAUGGACUCAUCAACCUUUCAAUUAUGACAAAACCUUUUAUCAUUUUGAGUGAAAACUUGUUCUGCUAGGAUAGGGAACAGUGCAGAUCAUGAUUAGACUGGGAGUCAAUUUUAUUCUGAUCUUGGUCUGAAUACGUCCCAUGGGUGGAUUCAGUUGCCACCAGCAGUCCAACAAUUUAUCUUGGUCAUUACAUUUUCUUUCAUAUAGCGAGAAUAUUUUCACCUUUGACAUGAUUAAAUAUGUUGUCAUCCCCAGAAUGACCUUGGCAUUCAAAGUCGAAAAUUAUGAAAUUUUUGCCAUUUUAACUUUUUUUAACACAUUGUUUAUGAAGGUAUUUGUGUUUUAAAAGCACAUAUUUUAAAAAACACAUAUUGUAAGGCAUCACUUCUUGACAAUUGUUAUGUAUUUCUUAUGUAUGAAAUACAUAAAGGUUUUAGGGUAAAUAAAAUUAAUGAAGAAAUAUUUAAUAUGUUAAUAAUAAUAUUAUGGUUUUUUUACUGUGAAUACAUGUUUUUAUUGAUAUGAAUAAAUCAAUUUGCCAAAUAUGUUUUGUAUUCAAGGUUAAUAAAUUGUCAAUAGUU